UUUUUAAUUCAAUUACUAGUAAAGCAUCUGCAAUUUUUUCAUUUGAUAACAUUCAUCUCACGUUGUGAUAUAAAUAAGAUAAAGAUAUGUACAUAAGUGGAUUGAUUACAAACACUUUAUCUUGUUGCUAGUGUCCACACAGGUGAAGAAGUGUAUACAAUGUCUAAAUAAGGAAUGUCAUGAACUUUUAGACUCGACUUGAGAUUUAAUAAUUCUAACAUUAGCGACACGGAAUUAAUCAGUUUAAAAUCCAAUGUUAGUCUCUUUGUCAUUAAAUAAGAACGUGUUGAGAUGUAAGCCUCAAUACUAAAACUUUAAAUAGAUUGUAAUUUAUUUGAAAGAUGCGAAAAUGAAUGUUUAUAAUUCAGUGAAGUGCAUUUGUGUACUGUAUAUAUGGAAUGGUUUUUUAACAUGCUGUUAUACAAAACAUUGCAAUGUGACAUAUUCCGAAAAAGUUGUCACAUGUGACUGUUCAAACAUGGAUUUCCACACUGUUCCGAGACAUAUACCAACCAACACAACAAUAUUAGAUUUAUCAAGCAAUAAUAUCGCUUUGCUACAUAAUGAAACAUUCAUGCGGUUGACUAAACUUCGGACAUUAAUCAUCCACACAUCAAGAUUAAGAUACAUUGAUUUGAAUGCCUUUAAAGGCCUUGAAAACCUUCAAACUCUUGAUCUCAGUGCGAACUUUUUGGAUGUUGGGUCGUUACCUAUGAGUGUGUUCAACAGUACUCCUAAUUUACUAACUUUACAGUUAUCCGAUAAUACAUUCUCUGGAGAAUAUCCCGAUAAAUCCUUAAGUUUUCUCUCUAACCUACAGAGUCUAAGUAUCAAUGGAAUUCGAAAUGGACGUUUUCUUGAUGGUUUUAAAUAUUUAAAAAACCUUAGGAUAUUGCGUUUACAGCCAUGCUUCAUCACGCAUCUAACAAAUGAAACAUUCUUAGUGUUCGAUAAUUUACCUAUCGAAUACAUUGAUAUCUCUUGUGCAAUAAGGAAAGUUGAAUAUGGAUCACUUUCUCCUUUUAAAUCACUAAAUGUAUUGAAAUUAUCUGAUAAUUCAUUUAUACGGUUAUCGGAUUUAAUACCCAUUCUUAUACCGUUGAAAGACAGGAAUAUGAGCGAAAUUAAUUUGUCUAAAAAUUAUAGAGCUCGUACUGGAUCUGACAUCUUAACACCUGAACAUUUCACAAUUCUUGGUCAAAUUUGUGUAAAACGUUUAAUACUAGCAAAAAAUCAAAUUAGUGUUAUCAGAACUGGUUCGAUUUCUGCCAUAAAAUACAAGAACUGUUUAGAACAUUUAGAUCUUGCGCGGAAUAGCAUAUAUGGCGACACAGGUUCAGCGCUUGAAUUAUUCCAGUUGACAGGCUUAAAAACAAUAGAUGUAUCACAACAGGACCCACUUAGUCCAUGGAAUGUCGGAUUGCUCAGUCGUAACACAUCCAUGUUCCCAGCUAACAAUGUAUCAGAAGUCUUUAAGAGGGGAAAUACUAUUUACACUUUUCCUUUACCCCCUAAUAUAGAGGAAAUGUAUGCCGAACGUUUAGUUAUAAAAUCCACACAUCUUGCAAAUGUUAACUUUACACAUGGACGUAAAUUAAGAGUAUUAGAUUUUAACUGGACUCCAUGCAACAGUUGCAGUGGACGUUUACGUGGAAUUGACCAUCUUGAGAUAUUUAAAAUAUCUGGAUUCAAUUGUUCGUUUAUUGAUUUAUUAUUUUUUCAGUCAUUUAAAAAACUUAAAGUUCUAGAGAGUCGAAGCGCAAAUUUAGGUCGUGGUUUGCUAGAGGACAAAGAUGGAAAAAUUCUGAAAGGGCUGUUCGAACUUCAACAAAUUGAUUUUUCAGCAAACCAAUUUAAAUAUUUGAAUCCUUCAUUGUUCAAAUCUCAGUACAAAUCGUUGUUAAAGUUAAUUUUGUCAAGUAAUAUUCUAACAGAGAUCAAUAUGAAGUUUUCAAAAUUUUCAAAACUGAAUUACAUUGAUUUAUCAGAUAAUAGAAUUAGAUAUUUAGAGAGAGGAACAAUAAAAGAAUUAGAUAUGCUGAACAUCAAAUCAAUGGAUAAACUUGAACUGCUGUUACAAGGCAAUAUGUUUGAAUGCAACUGUGAUUCUUUGCAUUUUAUAGAAUGGCUUCAUUUUACAAAUGUGACGCUAGACAAUGGUGGAAACUACUCGUGUAGGUACUUUGACGGAAGCUAUAAAACAACAACAUUUGCAUUCCAAAAUUUGCAUGACUUAAAAACAAUGUGUGUUUCCAAAGUAUGGCUGAUUUUCUCUGUGUUAUUAUCAGUUUUAUUGAUAAUGAUAAUUAUAGCCAGCAGUAUAGCAUACAAAUACAGGAUAACUCUUCAAUACUGGUACCUAACUAUUCGCCGGAAAUACCGCCAUUAUUCUAAAUUGGAGGGCGAGUCAAAUGAGUAUAGAUAUAGCGCGUUUGUGGCGUAUCACAAUGCAGACUACAAAUGGGUGUGUGGUCCACUAAGUACUUUUCUCGAAAAAGAAAAGGAACAAUCUUUGUGUCUCCAUCAUCGUGAUUUUUUACCUGGUAAUCUUAUAGCGGAUAAUAUUGUUGAAGCUGUCUCCCACAGUCGAAAAGUUAUUUUAGUGAUAAGUGAAACAUUUUUGGAAAGUUCUUGGUGUGAAUUCGAACUUGAUAUGGCUCGAAUGCAAAUGUUUCAAGAAAGUCGUAAUAUGUUGAUUGUUGUUUUAGUUCAAAAUAUUCCAGCUAAAAGUAUGCCUAAAUCUCUUUUGCGGAUUUGGAACAAAGUUACGUGCCUAGAGGCAUAUGAUUGUGAUAUUCUAAUGGAAAAUGACAAUUUUGAACAUAUAUUUUGGAAUCGUUUAUAUGAAGCUGUACUUUUAUGAUAUGUGUUUCUUCACGAACAUUAUUUGACAUUAAAUAGUUUCUUUUGGAAAAUUUUACCUCAUAACUAAAAUAAGUAAUUCAGACUUAAUUCAGCGUAAAUAGCGUAACCAUAGUUGCUCCUUCGAUAACAAUUUGCUUCCCACUUUUGAAAUCAACUUCCUGACUUGAUAGCAGCUCAGACAGACAUGCAUGUGCAAUAUUAAACAAUUUUCCAUGAACAUGCUAUGAAAAGUAUCGUUCGUUUUAAAUAAGCAAUGAUAUAUGAUUGCCAAAUACGAACCUUAAUAAGGUAAAUUGUACAAGACCAGUACAGAAGUUUAAACUAUUGAUUUCCUUAACUUACACACCAUGUAAGAAGAAAUAAUUUCAUUCAUGUCUUAAAGUGUAUAAUGUUUCUAUUCAAAUACUCCAUUCGAAUAAUUUAUACUGUUAUCACUUCAUCUAUUUCUGAUCGUUAUAUUAAAUAUAACAUUACAACUUGUCGUUAACCAAAUACAAAUCACACUUAAUCAUUAUGUCUACUAUACGUUAUACACACUCCUUUAUGAUGAAACUUACACAUUAUUGCAAUGUUCAUGUUAACUGACAUUGUUUAUUAUUAGACAUAUUUAAGGAUGUACUUAGGUGAGGUAUUGGAAUUUGUGUCAAAUGUUCGGAUUUCUUGUUUUUCUGUCAUACAAUACAAUAUAAAAUAU